UCGGUGAGGGGCGGGGUUUGAUGACGUCUGUGAUUGACGGGCGGCCGAGUGAUGGCGGCGCCCAGUGUUUGGACGCUGGGCCGCUGCUCGGUGAGGAGCGCGUUUCUGCGGAGCACUGCGGUCUGCCGAGCACCGGCAAAUGGUUACGCCAAGAAAGCAGCUGUUAAGGGAAAAAGUAAGAUUGGAAUCAAAGAGGCACUGCCAAGUCCUGAGUUAUGUAAGGAUCCUGCCAUUCUGACCACUCAUGCUGUGGGAGUGAAUAUCUACAAGCAAGGUGCAGAUCCAAAGCUACUGCCAGAUUCUGAAUACCCCGACUGGUUGUUUUCCUUGAACCUUGGACCGCCAAAGAACCUGGAUGAACUGGACCCAGAAUCCCCGCAAUACUGGAAAAGGAUAAGAAAACAACACAUGUGGCAACAUAACAAAGAACACAAAGGAAAGAAAUUCUAACACAAAUUUUGGGUGUGAGCCACAAGUAUCCAGUUCACUAAAAUGAUGAAUGUCUUCAAAGGAGUUUUGAGCAGCAGUGGUCCUGUGGAACAAACUGUCAAACCAGCAAGGAAGACCUGUGAAGGAGCUGAACUGUAUACAAUAUGACCCAUGUGGGGAAAAUGUGACUAACACUUGCAUUGUCGAUUAAUAAUACAAAAUAAAAAGAGAGAAAUAUUUUCCUUGCUUCCCGCUGCUCCAGGAGGAAAUGGGUCUCAAGGGGGAAAUAUAUGCCCUGGCUAUUGAGAAAGAAAUUCUGUAGGUUCUAACUAGAGUAGUGAUAAAGUCCUUCUGCUUCAUUAUUCUGGGUAUUCAAGUUCUCUUCAGUCACUUCUGCAGGGAUCUUCUUCUUUGGGUUCAUUAUUGAGGAACCUGUUCUCCACAAUCAAUAAGUAUUAGGAGCAGGCCAGCAGGCCCCUCAUGCCUGUGCUACUAUUCAAUAGGAUCACAGCUGGUCUUGUGCUCGCCUCAAAUGCCCUACUGUGCCAGUCCCCACAGGUCCAAAUCCCUCAUUCUUUCAAAUGUCUAUCCAAUUCCACUUUAAAUUUAUCUGGUGACCUGGUCUCCAACAUCCUCAGGGGCAAAGGAUUCUAGAAAAUCACUAACAGUAGAAAUUUCUGCGCGCCUCAGUUUUAAAUGACUGGUUAUUUUGUUCAUGACUUGUUCACAAGUGAAAACAUUUGAAAAUCUAUUAUGUCAAGCCCUCUUACAAUUUGCGUUAAUUGGUGCUGGUAUAUUAGUCUCCAUGUUUCUGGGACACAGGUUCUCUGAUCUCACAAUUGAUGGUGCACUUGUUUUUUUCCCUGUCACUGGGGUUCCUGGGCAGUGGUUCUUUGGUUUCCCUGUUGCUGAGGUGCUCUUCCCCUGGGCUCUGACUACUGUUAGUGUAUUGGAUCUUUAAGCUCUGGCUGGAGUUUGAAGGAUCUCCAUUAAAAUGUCAAUAAAAUAAUGUCCUGUACUGACUAUA